GUGAAGCUCCUUCCAGCCAUCUCCAGUCGUGUCUGCCUCCUGCCAGUUAGCCUUCUAGGUUGGGGCAAGCAGACCAGUCAAGGGGCGAACCGCUACGGAUCACGGGCGGGCUCAGCCGACGGCGAACAGACAGUUCGAGUGAUACAACCCCUGAACCCUUGAACCCUUGAACCGAGCCAAAGCAUCUUCGCCUUGAGCAACAUAUUUUGGUCAUGGAGGCAUUCCUGUGCCAGCUAAAUCGAUUCGAGAAGGCCAUCUUCCUUCGCCAGAUAUCCCUUUCAGAGGACGACCGACCAGAUCUCGAUUACCCCCGACCGGAUUUGUUUAUAGCUCCCUCACGAACACCGACCGCCGCUCUCGACAUUCCAUAUUCCCGACAACCGACCACCCAUCGACCCCGCUGGUUCCACUCGAACGAGAACCCUUUAGGGGAUCAUGACCGACCAUCCGUUCUUCGUGUCCGUCACGUUGCCCACGCGUGUACCCCCUUGCAUAUGUCUUCAGUAUCGUUAUCUUGUUGAUAUCUCAUAUGCCUUGUGUGUCCAAGGGAUCGCCGAAGAACAUAGCCACUCGACCGAAACAUGAAGGGAACCAGAGCUUUGUGUUUUGUGUUCCAGAGGCCAACUGAAGACACAAGAAAGGAACUGUGUUCACUUGUAGUGGUACCAGUAGAAAUGAUACCAGGACCUAGAACCAGGCGUUCGCUCGAUCAAAACUGUCUUGAAGUUGUGUCUUUGGAGGUCUUCGCGUCUGCUAACUUGUCCCAGACUUAUUGCGGCCGAGACCUUUUUUUCUUCGAAGAUGUUCCUGCAUACUACCACUUCCAUGUUCAACCUAUAUCCUAUUUGUUGUGAUACAAUAGUCUGUGACCGAGGCUCUAAAGUUCUUAUACACCGCGGCUACACAGAGACAUCGUGGAGCAUACCGUCAGCAAGACAAAGUAACCACACACGUCGAAACUGUUUAAAUACUCUGCCUCGAGCCCCAUACCGUGACAUGGCCGUCAUAGGAGAUAUCACCGGUUCACUCGUUAUAUACCCACAGCCAUGGAAAUUCUCCCGUUAAUUUUUGUCUUCACUGCCUUUGGCCAUACAGCUGCCCUUGAAAGUGAAAAUCAACCUCGUCUUGAAUCCCGUGCUGUUAUUGCUACCAAUACAUCGACAGCAGCAUGCCUGUAUACUUUGAGCAGGACUGUCACACCCGCAGAGACAUUGUCACGGUGACUGCCACCGUGACAAUUAUCAGUUCGAUCCCAACGCCCGAGAAGCCAUCGCCUCCUGAACCCCGAGCCCGCUACCCGUUCCAACCAUACCACCCACUUCUUCCUCGAGCCCUAAUCAACUCCUCCGCCUCCAUCACCACGUCGAUCGCAUCUACAAAGUCCGCUACCAUACUCUCUAGUACCACUUCUGCCACAACCAACCCACCGUCAUCUAAGACCGCCAGCCCACCCUCAUCCAUCACCACAACCAGUACCUUAUCGACUCUCUCCUCCAUCUCCCGAACGCUAACCACCCUUCCAUCAACCUCCAAAACCUGUCCCGUGACAACGAUCAUCGUCACUGCCCCUCCCGUAACCACCACCUCUACAUCCACAUUCACUAUUACCAGCACAAUCCCCUUUGAUAACUCCACUACCCCUUGCUCCGGCCAAAUAUGUGGCGCCUACACUCCGUUCUCCUGUGGCGGAAGUCCCCUAGGCUCCUGCCUCUGCGGAAUCGACUCCAAUGGAAAGUCGUUUUGUUUCCUGAACGAUUACUGCAGCGCAGAAAAGGACUGCACUAAAAACAGUGAGUGCGACUCUGGGCACAAGUGUGUGAUUGGAAGCUGUUGCACAGGUGGGAAGUGUGUCAAGGAGAUGAGGGAUAAGUGUAUCAACCCGCAGGCACCAGAGAUUAUCUUUGGGUUGAGGGCCGAGAUGAGGAAGGCGAAGUGUAGUAAUGCUACUCCGGGAGGGUGUAAGUGAGAGUAUGAAGAGACAGAACAAACGGUUAUCAGACCUCUUUGCUGUAUUGUUAGAAAGAGACGAAAUCACAAGCA